AUGGACGAAGCGAAAGUGGUAUCACCGCUGGAGGAGGUGUCGAAUGGCUACGCCACCGGUCCUGACGACCGCGAAGGGGAGGAGACAGAGACCUUGGCGACAUGGCGCAUAUCAUUGAUUCUGUUCAGCCUGUGUGUUGGCUUGAUGCUGUCCAUGAUGGACAAUUCCAUCGUGUCGACCUCUAUAUACACAAUCGCUCUGCGGUUCGACUCACUUUCUGAGGCAAUGUGGGUCAUCUUGGCCUACACACUGUCCUAUUUGGGAAUGUCUGUGAUUUUUGCGCAGUUGAGCGACUUUGUCGGUCGUAUGUAUGCUGUGCUCGGCGCAUUCACCGUCUUUAUCGCUUUCUCCAUUGGGGCGGGAUGUGCCCAGACACUUCACCAGCUGAUCGCCUUCCGGGCCAUCCAGGGGGUAGGAGGCUCUGGUCUAUAUGCACUUAGCCUGAUCGUGGCCUUGGAGAUCAGUACUCCCAAGAUGUGGCCGCUAGUAUCAGGAUUGGUGGGUGCCUCGAUUGCCGUUGCUGGCGUCCUCGGCCCAAUCCUUGGUGGAAUUUUGACCGAGUACGCGUCGUGGAGAUGGAUCUUUUGGAUCAAUGCUCCAUGCGGCGUGGUCCCUAUGGUUAUGUUCACGAUUGCUUGGCCUCGAGGCCGCUCCCACGAGAAGGUGGCUCGGAAAAGCUUCUCCCAGUUCGAUGUAGUCGGCAGUGUGUUACUUUUGUUAGCAUCAAUUCUGGUCGUUUUCGGACUUCACGAGGGAGGCACGGGUACCGCAGCGUGGGAUAGCGCCCUGGUUGUUGCCACACUGGUCAUUGGGGCUAUUUGUUGGAUAGCUCUAUUCUUAUGGUCGUUUGUGCUUUCCCGGCCUCGAUGGUCUCACAUCUCUGCAAUCUAUCCAGCAACUCUCUUUAAGCACCGAGUUCUGGUUGCAGGUAUCAUAUCCACUAUGUUUACCGGAUUCACGUUUUUUGUCGUGAUCUUUAACCUGCCAUUGCGCUCUCAAAUCGUCAACUCCCAGAGCCCUGCUGCUGCUGGUGUGCGCCUGCUUCCUUUGCUCUGCGCCGUCGCUGUUGGCUCAUUCUUGGGAGGAGCGCUAUCCAGUAAAAAGAACCGCACCUUUGACACAUUUGCUGUGGCGACUGCCUUGGUGAUUUUGGGUGCAGGUCUCCUAUCGACUAUCCCCUCAGACCUGAAAAUGCCGGCCAAGGUAUAUGGGUUUGAGGCAAUUGUCGGGUUUGGAAUUGGUCUCACCUUUUCCAGUAUCAGUCUUUUGACUACUAUCGAGACGAGUGCCAAUUUGCAUGCUGUGGCCCAAGGUAUUGUUUCACAGGUUCGCGUUUUUGGUGGUAGCGUUGGAGUGACGGCGGCCAAUGCUUCGUUUCGACUCCAGUCUCACCGUGAUCUCAGAGGAAUUCUCUCAGAAGAACAGAUUCAAGCCUUGCAGACCUCCCCCAAGAUCAUAGAUACCUUGGGAGCAUCCCAGGCUACUGCGGUACGACAGGCGUAUUCGGACGCAUUUAGCCAGAGCAUGCGAGUGUGUGUUUACAUGGCAGCGGCGGGAUUUGUGGCUGCCCUUUUUACCUGGCAGAGACACCCCAAGCUAAAGAAGACACACUGA